CAACUUCCUUCAAAAUACGAGAAACCCAAAGUAACUCUCUACACGUGAUCUUGCCCGAGCGGCAGCUGCGAAGGGGAACUAAACCCCAAACAGAAAGCACUGCCAAGCCGCGCAGCCCCAGCAUCGACGCAAAGCAACGCAACCUUCCCAGACGGCUCCAAACCAAACUUGUUCAUCGAACACUUCGACCUCUUCACUCUCCGUCUCUCUCUUCCAUCCCUCUCCCUCACCACAUCCUCGAAUCCUCGAGAACAACCGCUCCUUCACCCUCCCUCUUCGUAUCCUCUCCUUUGCCCUCAUUUGAUCAUUCACCCACAAUCAUUUGGAUUGCACACAAACACUCCCGAUUCAAUCGCACUCGACGUGCACGUUCCGCCAUGGAGCAUCAACCAAAUCAACCACCACAAGGUGGUGUACCAGGCCCUACCGGCCGCAGACUCCAUAUUGCCCAUCGCAGAAGUCCAUCAGAGCUGACGCCUCUGAUGCACAUGUUCACAUCUCCCGGAAGUAAGUUUCCAGAGCAUCAAGUGGAACAACUUGCGAUACAACAACAAAUCGAACUGCUCCAAGCACAGCAACAGCAGAUCCAAGCUACACACCAGCAAUAUGUGAACAUGGGCAUGAUCCCGCCGUCCCAACAUUUGGCUCCGGGUGGUGGCUACAAUCCUCUUCAGCAACAAGUGCAAAACCUGUCUCCGCAGACUGCAUUCCAGUUUCCUAAUCAGAUGCCACAACAGCAACAGCAGCAGAUGAAUGCACCCAUGGGCGCACCCACACAACCCUUAUCACAUCGUCGUAAUCAAUCGGCACUUCCCAAUAUGGGCAUGGGACCACCUCCUGCUCCAUCCUCCGGCGCCUCUGCGUCUGGUUUUGGUGACUUUGGAGGACACAAUAGAGACAAUGCUGGUGGUAGAGGCGGUCGUGGUGGAGGCCCUCCAGGUAGUGGACAUCAACGUCGUCAUUCUCUUGCAUUGCCCGAAGCCAAGAAGGCUGCAGAGCUGGCCCAGCAGAAGCGAACAACAUCAGGAUUUCAAUUCCCAAUUCCAGGUGCAGCCGGCGCUACCCCAACGGAACGUACAGAGAGUCCUUCUGGCGAGGAGAACAAUUCCCAACCACAAGCUCAAACUCAAGGGCAAAGCACUGGUAAUCAUGCUGGCACAGGAGCUAGUCUUCGCGGCAGAGGCAGCGGACACGGCCGGAGUCAAAGCAUGGCUGUUGGCGCCAAUGGACGAGGUGGUUCAGCUAUACGUGGUGGCGGAUCUUUUCAAUUUCCCCCAAUGCAAGCAACCGCUGAUGCCGGUGCUGCUGGUACUGCUGGCGGACAAAAUGACUUCCAAAGACGUGGUAGCUCUACUGGUCAUAACAGACAAUCCUCGCGAAACUUCGAAGGCAACUGGAGAAACCAACCUCCUCAAGGUCAAGCACCGCCGCAGGACCAACAGGGUGCCAUGGGCAACUUUCAAGGUCAGCAACAACAAGGUGGCUUCCAACCUGGUCAUCGCAAUCGUGGAUCCAUGAAUCAGUCGAUCAACAAUAUCGGCUCGUUUCAAUACGGAGGACAACCGCAAUUGGUUCAAUUGCCACAAGGUCAAAUGGCUCUUGUUCAACAGCCUAUGUAUCCUGGCCAGACAUUGAACCCCUUACAGAUGAACCAACUUCAAGCCCUGCAAGCUGCACAAAUGAAUGGUCAUGUUGGUCUUGGAGGCAGUCAACACGCACCACAAUUGUCUGCUCAGCAACAGCAGCAACAACGGAAGACUCUCUUCACACCAUAUCUUCCACAAGCCACCUUGCCUGCUCUUCUUGGAGACGGACAAUUGGUCUCUGGUAUUCUUCGUGUCAACAAGAAGAAUCGAAGUGACGCAUAUGUCUCCACCCAAGAUGGACUUUUGGAUGCGGAUAUCUUCAUCUGUGGUAGCAAGGAUCGCAACAGAGCUCUGGAAGGAGACCUCGUUGCUGUUGAAUUGCUCGACGUUGAUGAGGUGUGGGGUCAGAAGCGAGAGAAGGAAGAAAAGAAGAAGCGCAAAGAUAUCACCGACACCAGAACUGGUGGUUCUAGUAAUGGCAAUGCUGACAGAUCCCACCGCGACAAUUCUACAAAUGGUGAUCAAGAAUCUGGUACUGGUGAAGGUGGGAUCAGAAGACGUGGUAGUUUGAGACAACGACCUACCCAGAAGAAGAACGACGAUGUUGAAGUCGAAGGACAGAGCCUUCUUCUUGUUGAAGAAGAGGAAGUCAAUGACGAGCAAAAGCCAUUGUAUGCCGGACACAUUGUUGCUGUCAUUGAACGUGUCGCGGGUCAGAUGUUCUCAGGUACAUUGGGUCUUCUUCGUCCUAGCAGUCAGGCUACCAAGGAGAAGCAAGAGGCCGAGCGUCAAGCUAGGGACGGUAACUCUGGACGUCACCAAGAGCAAAGACAGCAAGAUAAGCCGAAGAUUGUCUGGUUUAAGCCUACUGACAAGCGCGUGCCGCUCAUUGCAAUCCCUACCGAGCAAGCCCCGCGUGAUUUUGUUGAGAAGCAUCAAGAUUACGCUGACCGAAUCUUCGUUGCUUGCAUCAAGAGAUGGCCAAUCACCUCUUUACAUCCUUUUGGUACACUCGUGGAACAACUGGGUAAGAUGGGUGAGCUGAAGGUUGAAACCGAUGCUCUUCUUCGCGACAACAAUUUUGCUUCCGACGAAUUCUCUGAUGCAGUCACUCGAAGUGUUGGAUUUGACGAAUGGACUUUUGAGAAGGAAGAAGAGGCUACAAUCGCUGCUCGCCGUGAUUACCGAAACGAAAAGGCAUUCACUAUUGAUCCCAAUGGUGCAAAUGAGCUGGACGACGCCAUCCAUGUCAAGACCGAGGUUGAUGGCAAGAUUGAGAUUGGUAUUCACAUUGCUGAUGUCGCUCAUUUCAUCAAGGCCAACUCACUUGUUGACCGCGAAGCGAAGAAGAGGGGUACUGCCGUGUAUCUUAUGAAUCGAUCUUGCGCUAUGCUUCCACCAAAACUUGCCUCUGAAAUCUGCUCUCUGGUUCCUGGCAAGGACAGAUUUACCGUCAGUGUUGUGUUCAAGGUCAACGCUCACACUGGCAUGGUCGAUGACGAGGAUACUUGGAUCGGAAAGAGUAUCAUUAAGAGUUCUGGAAAGUUGACCUACAAGGAGGUUGAUGCAGUUCUCUCUGGUCACCUUGAUACUAAGCUCGAUGGAGCCGACGUCAAAGAAAUUCAGAUUCUACAUGCUGUUGCUCAGAAAUGGCGUGAACGCCGUCUCGGUACCGAGAGCGAAACCAUUGCUCCUCUCAGACUCUUCUACCAACUGGAUGAUGAAAAUGUUCCGGUUGAACAGAACAUCUUUGACUCUACUCCAUCACACGAGUUGAUUGAAGAAUUGAUGCACAAGGCAAACACCUAUGUUGCACAAAAGAUCUCCCAAGGUCUGCCUGAAAAGGCUCUCCUCCGCCGACAAGGACCACCGAACCCUCGCCGCCUCCAAACUUUUGCCGAUCGCAUGGGCAAGAUUGGAUACGAGAUUGACACCACAAGCAGUGGAACUCUGCAAAAUAGUCUCUUUAAGGUCGAAGAUCCUGAGAUCCGCAAGGGCAUGGAAACUCUCUUGGUCAAGGCAAUGCACCGUGCCAAGUAUUACAUUGCUGGAAAGACACCUCAGCAACUUUGGCCUCAUUAUGCUCUAAACACUCCUUUGUACACUCACUUCACAAAUCCAUCCAGACGAUAUGCCGAUCUGGUUGUACAUCGUCAACUUGAAUUUGUCCUCUCUGAAGGCAAAAUCGAGUACAACGAGGACAUCGAGACUCUGGUCAAGACUACCGAAUCAUGCAACACCAAGAAGGAUUCGUCUCAGAACGCUCAAGAGCAAAGCGUGCACAUCGAGUCUUGCCGAAUCAUGGACCGAAAGCGUGAGGAAGUCGGUGGCGAGCUAAUUAGCGAAGGUAUCGUUCUUUGCGUCUAUGAUUCUGCAUUCGACGUUCUCAUUCCAGAGUAUGGCUUUGAGAAGAGAGUUCAUUGUGAUCAACUGCCUUUGAAGAAGGCCGAGUUCCGCAAGAACGAGCGCAUUCUGGAGCUGUACUGGGAGAAAGGUGUACCAUCUUCUGCCUACGUUCCAGAAGACGAGCGUCCCAAGGCUGGUGCAUCUCAACGUACCACGAAUGCCGCCGCUGCUGCUAAGCAAGCUGCUGUUGCUGAACGAGCCAAGAAGGAGCACGAGGAAGCUCAACGCAAGCAGAUGGAGACUGGUACAAUGUCAACCGAUGACGUUGAUGCUCUGUUCGAUGAUGAGGAUGAUGCUUCCGAUAUCGCUGAUAGCCUUGCUGGUGUUUCACUCGCCGAACGACCAACUCAAAGCGUUCCACCUUCGCCAACCAAGAAUUCUUUGACAGCUUCCGGCAAUCUCCAUCGCACUCGAUCCGAUUCAAAGGUUCCUACUGGUGAGCCAGUUGAGGCCAAGUUGAGCGCAAAGGAGAAGUAUCUAAAGUUCUUCACCCUCCGUGAAGAGAACGGCGAGUACAUUCAAGACGUCAAAGAAAUGACUCGAGUGCCAGUGAUUUUGAAGACGGAUCUCACUAAGAGUCCUCCGUGUCUCACCAUUCGCUCGCUCAACCCAUACGCGCUAUGAUCCGUCUAUCGAAUUAUUACUUACGAAGAUACUAUGGAUUUUGGGAGGUGGUAUCGUGUCGUGCAAAUUCCUGCUUUACUUGGUGGGAACAGGUACGAGAACAUACUCAGAGGUCUGGGACAGCUUCUGCGUACACAUGUAAAGUGUCUCAUGCUCUGGCUCAUGGUCCAAGAUGGAUCUGAGUCGAAGAAUAAUUUUCAUUGUGAGAUUGUCACCGAGAAGGCCAGCAGUUGGGGGGGAUGGAAAUGGCUGCAAAUGGUAGACGUGGUGGAUGGGAUGGAGUGGGAGUCGCAAAAGUCGAGCCAACACAGAUAUAUCAAUGGCUGCUCAAUGUAUUUCCUUUGCUUUAGCGUUUGCAUCUAUAGUUCUGAAGCGCA